AUGGCCGACGCGCCCGUGUCGAGCCUCGCGCCCGCGGCGCCGGCGGCGCCGGCGGCGCUCACGUCGCACCCGCAGCUCGCGAAGACGCUCGCGUUCGCGAAGGCGCUCGAGCCCCAAAAAACUUUGGAGACGACGACGACGCCGCUCCUCGCCGGGGCGCUCCCGGACGACGACGAGGUCUACGGCGCCCUCGACGACGACGUGCCGCCCGUGUCCGUGGUGCUGCGCGACGUGACGUGCACGCGGAGGAACGGCGCGGCGACGCUGCGCCGCGUGUCGUGCGCGUUCCACCCGGGCGCGGCGACGGCGGUCUUGGGGCCGAGCGGCGCGGGGAAGACGACGCUCCUGGAGACCCUCUGCGGCCGCGUCGACGGCGACGUCGCCGGCGACGUCGACGUCAACGGCCGGCCGCUCGACGCGGAGCGGUUCAAGCUGCUGGCGACGCUGACGCCGCAGGCGGACGCGCUCAUCCCGGAGCUGACGCCGCGCCAGACGCUCCACUACACGGCGCGGCUGCGCUGCGGGUCCUGCGCGAGCCGCCACGAGCGGCUCCAGCGCGCCGAGGACGUCCUCGUGGCGCUGGAUCUGGGCUCCUGCGCGGACGUCGCCGUCGGCGGCCGGGGCAGGCUCGGCGUCUCCGGCGGCCAGCGGAAGCGCGUGUCCAUCGGCAUGGACCUGCUGGCGUCGCGGCCCGUCAUGAUUCUGGACGAGCCGACGACGGGCCUCGACGCGGAGGCGGCGUGUCGCGUGGCUUCCCUGCUGCGGUCGCUGGGCUUCAACGGCGGGCGGACGGUGCUCUGCACGAUCCACCAGCCCCAGUGGGCCGUGCUCGCCGCCUUCCCGCGAACGUUAGCCCUCUGCGACGGGCGCGUCGCCUUCGAGGGGCCGCCCGCGUCCCUCGCGCCGUUUCUGAGGUCCGCGGGGCGUCCCGUCCCGGAGGCCGAGAACCCCGCGGACUUC